AUGUUCGAAUACAACCACGGCAGUGUCCUCUGGGAGAGAUUCUUCAUGGGGACCGAUAAUAGCACUGCAGCUGCGAUAGUUGCCAUGACCGGAAUGAUAGCCUAUGUUGUGUUUGUUGUACUCGCCACGGAUGUGGCCCAGAAGAAACAAAGCAUGGAAACGAGCCCCGCAAAGCCCAAUAAGCAUCAGGGACGCAGUCACACCCGAAGCCCUCACGAGAGUGAUAUAGUUUCGCCACUGAAUGACUUUGAUUACCGCACGGUGAAUCCAAUUGACUACCGGCCUUUCAAGACCAUGCCGCAUGUUUCAAUGGGUGGGUCUCAUCUCCUCUAG